AUUGGCUGGAUCAAAUUAUUUUUGGCCAAUGGAACUCCAACUAAAAUCGAACGGAAAUCAAGUGGGCCCGAUCCAUUCGCCAGAAUUUGGGGGUGUGGAGAAAUGUCACAUGCGCCGACCCCGGGCAAGCGCCUUCCGUCAGCAACGGACGGCUUUUGGCCUCUCUCUUGGCGACGGCUCCCUCCCCGUCCCAGUCAGGGAAGCCAAUCGAACCGUCUGCAUUCACGAGAGGGCUCGUAUCGCCGGGGAAUACAAAAUGGGUUUGGAAUCCAAUCUCAGAUGCGAGCAGCGGCAGAAAGCACUCGAGCAUGUUGAGGCGCACAGGCCCAGCUCGAAAAUCAAGCGAUGUCCGUAGUACUCCGUACUCCAUACCCCAAUCAGAGACGGAUAAUAACCUUUUGCGGUUGAAAGAAAAGGAUAAGAAAUCCGCAGGUCCCGCUGUGGGACCAAAUCAGCAAAAAAUAUUUUCGGCUGGUAAAUUUCUCGCGACUCGGCCAGUCAACCCGGUGGCGUAUCGAUGGAGCCGUGUAUUCGAUAACAUAUGUGCGGGAGAUGUGUGGUAGAAAGAGUGCAACUUCGACUCACAUGAGACGCAGGUGGAGUAAGGGACGGAGAGUCGGCUGUAACGAUGUGCAAUAGCUGAAGGAUAAACAUAUAUAUAUAUAUAUAUAUAUAUGUGCAUCGAGUUUGCGCUGGUUGGAAGCUCUGUGCAUGGUUCGCGAGGUCUUCAGAGAAGCAUUGACCACUAAGGGUGGCGCAGGCUCUGAGUUGUUCCCCUAUAUACCCCGUACGGAGUAUGGCGGUAUG